UUUUCUCUCAACCAGUCCCCCUCCACCAUAACCAACUCUCAUACUGUAGAUAUCCUCACACGGCACCCAAUAAAGUAGAUCCAAUCAUGUCCCCCAAAACCUUCAUCAUAACUGGCGCCUCGCGCGGAAUCGGCCUGACCAUUGCCAAGUACCUCCUCAGCAGCCCACAAUCCCCCAAUUUGGUUGUCGUCGCGCGGAGCCUUGCGCCCCUUCAAGCCCUGAAAGACCAGUACCCCAGCCAAGUCGAGGUCCUGGGCGGCGAUCUCGCCGAUCUCUCGCUCGGUCGGAAGGCCGUCGAUCUGGCGCUGAAGGCCUUCGGACAGCUGGACGGACUCGUGCUGAACCACGGGACUCUGGGGCAGGUGGGGAAUGUGGCCGAGGCGGACCUCGAGCAAUGGAAGCACGGGUUUGAUGUGAACUAUUUCAGCUGUGUUGCUUUUGUGCAAGCAUCUCUCCCCUCCCUUCGCGCCUCGCAAGGCCGAAUUAUGUUCACCUCAUCCGCGGCUUCCGUGUCAGCCUUCAAGGGAUGGGGCUUGUACGGCGCCACCAAGGCGGCCAUGAACCAUCUGGCGCUGACGCUGGGGGAGGAAGAGCCUGAGGUGGUCUCUGUGUCGGUGGAUCCGGGCAUCGUAGACACCGAGAUGCAGCGGGGCAUCCGGGAGGAUCUGGCGACGAAGAUGGAUCAGCAGUUCCAUUCGUUCUUUACCACCGUCCACAAGGAUGGAGGGUUGCUGAGACCCGAGCAGCCGGGGCAUGUUAUUGCGCGGUUGGUGCUGGAUGCGCCUCGGGAGUUGUCGGGGAAGUAUCUUUUGUGGAAUGAUGAGAUUUUGGCCGCUUUUCAGUAGACUUCUUGCAGGGUUCUCUGCAUGGAGGUGGAUGAUUCUAGACAUAGAGGCCAGAUAUAGUAAUAGCUACACUUUGUCUAUAGGUUAUAUGCUGAGCUGUACGUUCUCGGGACGCUGAAGCCGCAGACUCGGGGAGGUGGUAGGCCUGUGGUGGUAUAACUCACGUUGAUAUGGUUGGUGACAUCCAUGUACAUUUUACGUGAGCAAUUGCGGUUG